AUGCGACUUGUCGUCAGGCUCAGUUCAUCGCUCAGCUGUGACGCGUGUGAUUUCGGAGGAGUCGAGAGCAAGCAAUUGAUAGUCUUUUGUGCUCCACAAAUUGAGGCCGAGCCGAUUGUCUAUGCCGGUCUUGGUGCUCCAGUUCAACUCCGUUGCUCCGUGAAGUCAGUACCACUGCCUCCGAUGAAUAGUCAGACUUUUUGGCAUUUUCGUGGAAGCAGUAUUCGGGAAAGUAUGAGAGCCAAGUACAUAAUGCUCUCAGGUCUGUCACACUCGACAAGCGAGCCUGGCAUCCAGGUCUCUGAUGAUGAUGCCGGUAUGCCGGGCACAAUGUAG